CUGUCUAUCUGUCUGUCGUGUCAUCGGUCAUCCACCAUCCUUCGUCCAACGUCGGUGCAAACAGAGCCAAUCACCCAAUCUUGUGAUCGUGAGCCGAAUACAUAGAAUAGCAACUAUCUCGACUACAACAAUAGCAACAACAGCAGCAGCAGCAUCAACAGCCGAACAGCGGAAAGAUUAGCAAGCACAUGCCACUCGACGAUGUCCAGCGCCGCCGCCUCCUCCAACAACAAAGAUAUAGUGUGGCCACCACAAACCACACAAGAUGUGCUGAACCUCACGCCUCGUAAGAACCGGCACAACUACACGAUGUCGAACCCCCCGCUCUCGCCAUCACCACUCCGACGCUCCUCGCAGCCCGCGCAAUUGGACGGCGGACCCUCCAGCGGCGACGAAGAAUCUACCGACGAGGACGAGGAGGUGCUGAAAUUGAAGCUGCUAAGGAUCGAGGCGAAGUUGAAACUCAAGCGGCUCGAGAAACAGAAAAAGAAGCGGGCGCUCGCGGCGGCGGUCGGAGGAGGUGGAGGGGGGAGAGGGAGGGCAGAGGAGAAGAAGGAAACCAAGUCGGCUGCUCCGGUCGUCGAAGUCCCCCUGUCGCCAUCCGCGAGACGGUCGCUGGCAACGCAUCCUCCUUCGCCGAAAUCGCCGUCGAGGGUCCUACUCGGUAUCGAUAGGGGCCUUACCGGGAAAGAUGUUUCGUUGCGUCGUGCGCCGCAGUAUAGGAAGCAACCGGCACCCAUUGCUAGAGCACCUUCCCCGACACGCCCCGCGAAAACAUUCAGCCAGCGACUUGCGGAGGAGCGCUCGCGCGAGAAUGAAAAGUUUGAGAAGCAGAAGAAGAUUGCUCAGACGAGGAGUAAAGGGUUUGGGUUCGAGGCCGAUGCGGAAGCGGGAGUGGGAGCGGCGGGAGGAGUGUCCACACAGGCGGCGCAGAGAGCUACACAUUCGUUCACGUCUAUCCUCUCCGGCUAUGAUCAGAACCAGCCGAAUAAUCGCCUCUCAAAAUCAUUCACGUUCACGGCCGGCGGUGGCUCCUCGCAGAAUAUAGGCCGCCCGGCCUCGCCUACCCGACCGUCGUCUGCCCCCCAUGCUGCACCCGCACCGGAAGAAUCUACCGAUGAAGCAGGCUUCGAUUCGUUUUCGGGCUUGCACCUGCUCCGGCGUGUCACCCCGCAUCCUACGGUCUCUCGGUACUUGGCGCAGAAGACCAUCUUCCAGCUGCCCGAGCUCCUCAAGACCAUCGUCUCGCCAGACUACGAACCACCAGAGGUAGAAGGCGAUUGGGUCGUUGUGGCGACCAUCUGCUCCAAGUCGGAUCCACGAAGUGUUGGCCAAAAUACUGGCGCCAAAGACACCGGCAAGAAGUACAUGGUGAUGCAGCUGACGGACUUGAAGUGGGAGAUUGAGCUCUUCCUCUUCGGCGCGGGCUUCGAACGUUUCUGGAAGCUCCCAGUCGGCACAGUCGUUGCCCUGCUAAAUCCUGGCGUCAUGAAGCCACGCAACAAGGACUCCGGCCGGUUUUCGCUCACCAUAUCCGACGACGCAGCCGACUGCCUCCUGGAAAUCGGCUUCGCGCGGGACCUUGGCUUUUGCCGCUCCACUAAGCGCGACGGGAAGCAAUGCGGCACAUGGAUCGACAAGCGCCACACCCACUUCUGCGCCUUCCACGUUGAGCAAACCGUCAAGAAGGCGCGCGUCUCCCGCGCCGAAGUCAACAGCAUGACCAGCCUCUUCUCGCCGCCGAAAAAAGGCACCCUCAAGCCCCGGAAGUUCCUCAGCGCGCGCGGUGCAGGCGGCCGCGCAAAGGAACGCGACGACGGCCUCCUCCAAGAAGGUCCCAUCGCCGACGUACCGCAGCGUCUCGGCGGCGCAGGCGGCAACAUCUUUGUCGCUCCCGGCCGCUCCACCGCCGCCCUCCUCGACGACGAAGACUACCUUGCCAGCAACUUCUCGCGCGGCACCAAGGAGGACCGCCUUCACAAGCGUCUCGAGGACGGCAAGCGCGAGCGCGAGCUUACAAAACGCAUAAUCGAGUCCCAGGGUCGCGAGGGCGGCUUGGGCGCUCAGUACCUUCGCACCCGCAUCGGAGACACAGCGAGCGAUAAGGAACGGGCGGCUACCCGUGCCCGCGAGGCGGCGGAUCGGAAACAAGUAUCGGAGUCCCUCUCAUCGCUCCGCAACAACAGCGCCCGCGACAUUCGACUAUCGCCGAUUAAGCGGAAGCGCGCAGGAACUAUGGGCUCCGCCCCGGUGGUGAAGAAGACAAGGUUUGCGCCUGCGCCUACGCCGGUGCCGGUGCGGGCGAAUGCCAUUGAUGAUGAUGAUCUGGAUAUUGUCCAUGAGUAAAAUGAUUGUGAUGCGAUACCCGGGGAGUUUUUUUUGGCGCUUUUAUUUUCGAGAGAGGGAGAGGAAUGGGG